AUGGCCAUAAUCUACAGUGAGCUAAUGAGGAAGUUCGACACUUUAAGUGAACACAUUAAGAGACUGGACGGUCAAGUCACGGAAAAUGCGACCACCAUCAAAAGGGAGACAGGACGUCUCCCUGGGCGGACUGACGCAAAUCCGAAACGUAAAGUUAAUGCUGUGUUACUAAGGAGCAGAAAACGCCUCAUCCCGAGCACAAUAAAGAUCAACAACACAGAAAAAUGUGCUGAAGUUGAGAAAACCGGCGAAAAUAGGUCACGACCAAUAAUCCUUGAUAGCCCCAAUCCCGAAUCAGAAACACCUCAAGAGAAAGAGAGUUCCAAUACUGAGGAAGCAGCCAUCGACCUCGAGGAGGAAGAAGAGGAGUUGGAAGAAGAUGUAGAAAACGAUCGACAAGAAGGAACCAACGUCGAUCGACCCACUACGACGAAGCGAGAAUUAGAUAAGGCGAUCUGCAAGAAAGCAUUCGAUAAAAUCACGUUGGAGAUGCCUUUGAGUGAUGCCAUAAAUGUUUCAUCAUCAAUAAAGAAAUAUGUAAAGGUCAUGGUAUCCAGCAGCUUCCCAGCUGCUGAACACAGCGUCAUGAUGGUUUCAGAGGAAGUAAGUGCAAUAAUCCAAGGUUCCAUCGUAAACCUCAUGCCACACUCUGUCGUGAUAUCCUUGGGAUACGACGAGUUCAAACCUACCAAAAUAACUUUUGUUCUUGCCGAUAGAUCCGUUAGAGUACCUGAGGGAGUACUUGACGACGUGUCAACAAAGAUAAACGACUGUCACGUACCUACGGAUUUCGUUGUGCUGAAAUAUCAGAAUGAACCGAAAGAUCCCCUCAUUUUGGGUAGACCUUCUAGCUACAGCUGGUGCGAUCAUCGAUGUCAAGGAAGACGACCCUUAAUCGAUAAACACACUUCCUACGUGGACUAUAUCUCUGAGUUGGCUGAAGAAUCUUUCAUAGACAUGUGCUCAGACGAUCCCCUGGAAAAAGUACUCACGUCCAGUGAGGAAGAAACAAUUAGUGUUGACAGCAGAGCUGAGGAAUACACACGAUUGAUGGACGCAAGUAUGGAAGUAGCGAAUGUUGAUGACAUAGAGGAUGACACUUUGGAAAUAAACGUCGAUCGAUAUUUGGAAAAAGCUGUCGAUCGACAACCAUCUCCCUUAGAAGAUUGGGAUCCUGAAAAAGCACCAAAGAUUGAGUUAAAGAAACUACCCGCUGGACUCAAAUAUGCCUUUCUCUAUAAAAAUUCCUACCACGUAAUCGUGAACGCCAAUCUGACUAAUGUAGUAAACAAACUGCAAAAAUAUAAGAAAGCCCUCGGAUACUCUCUCGAGGAUGUUCAUGGUAUUUCUCCAGACAUGUGCAUGCACCGGAUUCACCUAGAAGACGAUUCAAAAUCGACAGUGGAGCACCAAAGGCGACUAAACCCAAACUUGAAAGAAGUUUUCAAAAAGGAAAUAAACAAACUUCUAGAUGAUGGGGUCAUUUACCCAAUUUCGGAUAGCAACUGGUUUCAAAACUGUCUCGAUAACCUAUGCAAAGCCCUGGCAAGAUGUGAAGAAAAGAACCUCGUUCUGAAUUGGGAGAAAUGCCACUUUAUGGUUAACGAUGAGAUCGUCCUAGGACAUAAAGUGUCCGCUGCUGGCGUAGAAGUAGAUCGGGCGAAGAUUGAGGUAAUGACCGGCUUGCCUGCAUCUACGAACGUAAAAGACGUGAGAAGUUUUCUCGGACACGCCGGAUUUUACAGGAUGUUCAUACAAGAUUUUAGCAAAAUCGUUAGACCUCUCACUUUCCUCCUCUGA